GUUUCUUCGGCUUUACUCUUUACUCUUGAGCGAAGCGUAAAAGCUUGACCAGAGAGAGAGAGAGAGAGAUUCGAAUCCGAACUCAGAAGUAAAACACAGAGCAGAGAAUGGCUAGGUACGACAGAGCAAUCACCGUGUUCUCCCCCGACGGCCACCUCUUCCAGGUGGAGUACGCUCUGGAAGCCGUCCGCAAGGGGAACGCCGCCGUGGGCGUCCGCGGGUCCGACAACGUGGUCCUCGGCGUCGAGAAGAAAUCCACCGCCAAGCUCCAAGACUCCAGGACGGUGAGGAAGAUUGUGAAUCUGGACGAUCACGUGGCGCUGGCGUGCGCGGGGCUGAAGGCGGACGCACGUGUGCUGAUAAACAGGGCACGUGUGGAGUGCCAGAGUCACAGGCUGACCGUGGAGGAUCCCGUGACGGUUGAGUACAUAACGCGUUACAUCGCUGGGCUUCAGCAGAAGUACACGCAGAGUGGCGGCGUGAGGCCCUUUGGGCUUUCGACGCUCAUUGUUGGGUUUGAUCCCUACACCGGUGCGCCCUCCCUCUACCAGACGGAUCCUUCGGGCACGUUUUCCGCGUGGAAGGCCAAUGCCACUGGGAGAAACUCCAAUUCGAUUCGCGAGUUUUUGGAGAAGAACUAUAAGGAAACUUCUGGCCAGGAGACUGUCAAAUUGGCUAUCCGUGCGUUGCUCGAAGUGGUUGAGAGUGGAGGCAAGAACAUAGAGGUUGCUGUGAUGACUAAGGAGCAUGGUCUGCGUCAACUGGAAGAAGCUGAAAUUGAUGCCAUCGUAGCUGAGAUUGAAGCAGAGAAAGCAGCUGCUGAGGCUGCUAAAAAAGCCCCUCCCAGGGAGACAUGAUUUUCUGUUGUUUUACGAGAGCGUUGUUCUUGCUAGGUGUUGGCUGUUCUCACUGAAGCUAAAAUUGAUCCCAUUGUGUCUGGGAUUGAAACACAGAAAACGGCUGCAAAGAAUACCCUGUUUAAGGAGACAUGAUUUGUUACUUUUGUUUAGCUCGUGAAUUGUUCUUGCUAGAUGUUGGCCUAACUUAAAAUGACUGUUUUAUUGUUUCUGGGUACUGCCAUAUAGUAUUGGUCAAAUUAAUUGCAUGUCAUUAUUAUUCAAGUUCAAAUUGAGUCGGGCGAUACAAUGCAUUUUCAUUUGCAA